GCCUAUGAUUUUUGGAGAUGCGAUUUUUCACAAAUUGUCAGUGUCAGCUCAGCCUCUUAAUCAGAAGUGUGGCUUAGUAAAAUUUUCAUCUGCUCGUAAUCUAUAAUGACAACGAUUUACAACGAAUAGACUAUUAUUUCAAUAUUAAGCAAUGUUUGAAAUGCAAUUGAAUAAAUUCUAAAAGAUAUAAUUGUUUAUAUUUGGUAUUCGACUAUUGUCUUUAUCAUGGAAGUCCAGAGAGAUCCACCAAAAGAAACUGUAAAAGUCAAAGUAAAACGUGAACAAGAAGUCAGUACACAUGUAACAGUGGUCACAAUAGUCUGUGUUUUCAUAUUCUAUUUGGUGUCAUUAUGCUACAUUUACAUGAACUUCCCUGCACUUGAGGAGAGUGAGAAACAAUAUGUGAAAUUGCCAUACGAUAUAGAGGCUGCUAAGAAUCUGGGCAGAGUUCUCGAUAAAUAUAAAGAUCGUUACUACUUCACCGUUCUGACAGCAAUUUUUGUUGUUUAUAUUUUCCUGCAAACAUUUGCGAUUCCUGGAUCGAUAUCGCUGUCUGUGCUUUGUGGGUUUCUCUUUCCCUUUCCAAUCGCUCUCUGUCUAAUUUGUUUUUGUUCCGCGACAGGAGCUUCGUUUUGUUACUUGAUAUCAAAUUUUGUGGGUCGUAGAGUCGUCUAUAAAUUCUUCCCCGAUCAAGCAGCUAAAUACUCUGAUGUGGUUACUAGACAUCGGGAUAAUAUAUUCAACUAUAUUCUUUUCCUACGGAUGACUCCAUUCCUUCCAAACUGGUUCAUAAACAUAGCGUCGCCAGUAAUUAAUGUUCCUUUAACUCCAUUCUGGAUUGGAACAUUCAUAGGUGUGGCACCACCGUCUUUUGUGGCGAUCCAGGCAGGGCAGACGCUACAGCUGCUGUCGUCGGAGACGGGAACAUGGUCGUGGAAGUCGAUGAUCAUUCUCGGCGUAUUCGCUCUUCUCUCACUGGUGCCUGUUUUCUUCAAGGGCAGAUUACGAAAGAAAUUUGCUUAGGGAUCGACUGCUUCAAUCGAUGUUGACGCCUCGCCUUCCGAAGCUCACACCAUCGACUCCACGAUUCGUGUGUUCACUGUCGAAAAAACAAUUAGACCCAAUCAGCAAUCUGAUUCGGAUUGAUUAGUGGUGUAUUGUGAGACAUGGUACAGGGAAAUUGGUUGUAAUUUGUAACGGAACGCAUUCCUUAUUGUUCAAGAGAGAACAGUAUUAUUAGGUAUUUGAAUCAAUUCAACGAAAUGACAGUUGCUUCCGCUUAGUGUAGAGCAACGUUUAUAAUGUGAUUGACUACUAUUGUUCAAAGAUUAGUACUUUUCUAAUAAGGUAUAUUUCUACUACUAUAAAUUGGAAAACAAAUUUUAUUUACAAGCUUUAAUAACCUUAGCAUAUUCCAUAAAAUGUUUUGUGGAGUGUUGAAAAAGAUAACAUAUUUCAUUAAAAUAAAUCAUUCAGAGAUGAUAUGAGCUGUUUGAUGGAAUUGUUAUCAGUUUAAUUACUUCAAAAAUGUUCAAUUAAAAAGUGUUCAACUUUCCUCAUAACAUAGUAGAAUUAUUUUUAAAGAGGUGUAUUCACCCCUCCAUUUACAUGAUGUCGAAGGCAUAAAAUGUCUUUUUAAAAUCAAAAUAUUAAUAGUGAUUCAUAGAAACUACCUACUAAAUAACUUUCAAUUGUUCGACUUCUAUUCGGCAAUCCACGGUUGAGAAAGAUUGUGUUAUUGGUUAAUAGCUGAAAGUGAUAUGAUAUAUUUAUGUAGAUGUAAGGUGAACUUCUAAUAUUAUAAAUAUUCUUGAUGGAACCUCCUUUUUACUACAUAAUAUAGUAUUCAAAUAAUGAGGAGUAUAAAUGAAUGUAUAAAAUAUUAUACCAAAUAAAUUGUUUGUAUGUACAA